UGAGGAAGCUCCUUGAUCACACAUACUCGUUCCAGGUGUCUUUCAUGCACACACACAUCAUCCAUCCAUCCAUCCAUCGGUGCCUCGAGCAGACGGACACGCCCACCCGUAGACAGUCUACACACGCCAUCAUACAGACAGACCCACGUGGGAAAAGUAAGAAGGGCAAGCUCAUCUGUGUCCAUCCAUCCACUUGUCUGCCAGACACGUAGGCAGGGAGUGAGUCAGACGGGACAAACCCUCUUCCCACAACCAUUAAUGUCGAUAAAUGCUAUCCACAGGCGGGAAAGAAUGAGCAACUGAGAAUCCAAGGCCCGGCGAAACGAAACAAGGGCGGGCGUGUGUUUCCGAUUCUCUCUCGGAUGUGUGUGUAGAUGCACGCAUGCAUCAUCCAUGGGCCGCUAGCUAUCCAUAUCCCUCUUUCUACGUCCGCGCGUGCAUGUUUAUCUUCGUCGGCUGGUGUGAUCUACAUCUUGAGGCGCUUCGUCAACUCCUGACACACACAGACACACAGAGGGAGAGGGAGGUGUGCAUCGAUAGCCUCGAGACGUCCAUCUCUUUCGCGUAUUUACCACUAUGUCCUCGCCCGACGUCGGUGUCUGGUCGGCCGUCUGCUCCAAAGAGAUGGCAGAACACAGACACACAGACACACAGACACACAGAGAGAGGGAGAGAGGGAGAGAUGCUUCUGUAGGGUGUUGGCCGUCUGUGUGUGCGGCUUACCCCCUUGUGGGGCUCGGCCAUGUCCGUGGCCUCGGGCGUCGCCUCCUCAGCCUCAUCCGCCACCCCAUCCAACUUGUGCUUCAACCUAUGCGGCCACAGACACACACAUGUGUGUAUGUGUAUGAGUGAUUUCUCUUGGCCCUUGGCCAGCUGCUCACUCAGGCACAUCCUUGGUAGCAUCCUCCUGUGUGCGCUUGUCGUGCGACUCCGGACGAACGGCCUCGAGCUUCCUCUGCAGCGCCUCGUUGGCCUGACACACACACACACACACAAAGGGUGACACCACGGCAGAAUGCGCCUCGGCACACGAAUACAUGAACACAUACCUGUUCGGCGUCGUGGCAUUGCUGCUUCUCGUCGGCAACCUUGCAGACAGACAGACAGACAGACAGACAGCAACGUGUGUGUGGUUGCAUGUGCGGUAGUAAGUAGAUGAAGCUACCUGCUGCUGCAGCUCAGCUAUUUUGGCCUCCAGGCCGUCUAUCUCACCGAGGAGCUUCUCCUGCAGUCAGGACACCAUACAAACGCACCCAGACAGACAGAUGACAAGGUGUGCCGCAUAGGAGUCCGCCGACGUGUGUGCUCCCACCUGGUUUGACUCGGCCGUCUCCAGCAGCCCCUGCCUGCUCUUGAGCAGCUUGCAGACCCCCUCCACCGCCCCGUUGUGCAGGGCGUGCAGCUCAUUGCAGCGGCCUGCACGCCACACAGACAGCACACAGCUUGCUCGCAAUAUGGCAGGCAGUCGUAGGGAAUAGACUAGUCCUCACGCUCAAGGAAUUUCCUCUCCUCGUAGAGGCUGAGGAGCUUCUCGUCAUCGUACUGCCUCAGCUCUGCGACAUGCACACACACGGCGCAUACCAUCAUGGCCACGUUCGGUUCCACACAAAACGCUCCCAUAUUUCUUCGCUCGAGGCCUCUCUCAAGCCUCUCUUGCAACAAGUGCGCAACGUCAGUGACUUCCACACACAGCCUCACCCUUCAGCAGCUGGCGUCUUUCCACGAACUGUUGGGCAAAGGCCCUCUCGAGGCUGGCCGCAUCGAACGACAUCGGUCGGUCGGUUAAGGGUGUGACACCUGUCCCUAAGCCCGGCG